AUGAUUCGUAUUAUUUUCAUCUUGUCAACUCUUGCUUUGGCGAUCACGAUUUUUUUUGCCCAAUUAAGCAAUGACGAUUUCUCUAAAACCGAAGAUAUAUCAAUUGAAUCUCCAGAAUUAAAAGGUCCAUAUAAAAAAUCAUCUGAUAUUAACUCGGAAUUACAAGAAAUUCCAAAAUUUAUCAUUGGGUUUGAACGAUUUCAAGAAGAAUUUGACGGAAUACUCACAAUUCCUGAAUUUCCAAAGAGUAAACAGCGUUACAAGAUCGUCGUAUUACCGAGAGACAAUAAAGGCAGCUGGCUGGUUUAUAAAAAUAAUUUGUACUUGGAUUCUAAGGAAAGUUCAUAUCAGAUUAGGAU